AUGUGCAUGAUCCUCGUAGCUGGUGGUAAAUUCCUCUUCAUCUCCAACGACAUCAACGACAACUCGACAACCGCAAAAAUGGGUAUUGAUCUUGACGCCCACCACGUCCGCAACACUCAUCGCAAGGCGCCUAAGAGUGACAAUGUAUACCUUAAGCUGCUGGUGAAGUUGUACCGCUUCUUGGCCCGCCGAACCGAGUCUUCCUUCAACAAGGUCGUCCUCCGCCGCCUGUUCAUGUCCCGCAUCAACAGACCCCCCGUCUCCAUCUCCCGCAUCGUCGCGAACACCUCCGAGAAGUCGAACAACAAGACCAUCGUGGUUAUCGGCACUAUCACUGACGACAACCGUCUCUUGACCGUCCCCAAGCUCAGCGUUGCGGCCCUCCGCUUCACUGCCACCGCUCGUGCGCGCAUCAUCGCUGCCGGUGGAGAGGCGUUGACUCUCGAUCAAUUGGCCCUGAGAGCUCCUACCGGAAGCAACACCCUUCUCCUCAGAGGUCCCAAGAACUCGAGAGAGGCUGUCAAGCACUUCGGCAUGGGUCCCCAUAAGCACAAGAAGCCCAAGGUCGAAUCGAAGGGUCGUAAGUUCGAGAAGGCUCGUGGACGCAGAGCUUCGAGAGGUUUCAAGGUUUAG